CCUACCAAAGAGUCUGUAGGCUUGGUGGCCCCGGCACUGGAGGUGGGAAGCAGCCUGGCAGCUGAAACUGGGCGUGCAGCCCAGGAGCAGUGGCCGCCCGUUCACCCCAGAUCGACCCCCAUUUAUGGAAUUUCAUUUAUUAAAUGUCGAGGCGGCUGCUGGCAGGCCUGUCGCUUGGCUGCCUUUGUUUCCUAGCUGUGUGGGUGCGUCUCGAGCACGUGGCAGCCAGGGCGCAGAGACCAAAGGGAAAGCGACUUGGGUUUAGUGUCGGUAGACGACCAUCUGGCAAAAGGGGAACCUAGCUACCCAAAGAAUAGUUCCUCCAAAUGCAUGCUGACCUCGGUCCCUUCUUGUGCUACAGACUUGUUCAGGGGAAGAAUGAUUCACGGCCCCCUAACCCUGUCGCUCCAUCUUCCUAUUAGCUCAGGGACUGCCUGGGAGUGACCCUAAUAUUUACUCACGGUCCAAACUUUGUUCCAGAACCCCCAACCUCACCACAGCCAAGAUUCAGUGCUUGAAGGUGGCGAUAGAAGGGUUUCUGGGCACAGCUCAAGUGGAAUCACACACAAGGUUCUGAAAACGAUUUAAUGAGGUAGUGUACAAGCCUAGAGGCCUCUCCUAGAAGCUCCGCCUUUACUCUAGCCCCCUCCUCAACUCGGUCUGCAGUCACGACACUCUGCUGGCCCCUAGCGGACCUGGGCUGUGGAGCCGCCUGCCAGCUCCUCCCAGGCUGCAGAAAGGGGCGAGGCAGUCAGCUCCUCCCUCAGCCCUCCCGGGCCUGGCAACGCUGGCUGGGCAGGAGGCAGAAGAGAAGACCACACAAAGAAACCCGAGGGAGGCACCAGGAGUUUGCAAGCUUUUGCUGGCACCUCCCACACAAACACUCUUUAGAUUGUUGUUCUGAGUUGGCUUGGCGAGGAAUCCCUUACUUCUGCCUUGGUUAAGGUGGGCUCAAGGAAGGCAACACGUUCAUUCCUGCCACCUGUCAGCCUGGCUGAAGGAGAGAGACCAGUUUUCUGGCAGUUACUGUCCUUAGCUCACCCCUGCUCCCCGAGGUAGCAUCCAAUCCCAUUUUAGAGGUGAGUGGACUGGGAAACUCAGAAAUGUAAACAAUAUGCUUACAAUCAAGCUAUUGAUGAGGUGUUUAAACACAAGUCUCUUGACACCAUGAUCCGUUUUCUCUUUCAGGGCAUCUUGGUCCUUUUAACAUUUGCAGUUGGCCACCACAGAGGCCAUUUUCACUUUUACCACACUCUCUGCAAGGGAUCCUGUGGAAGGGCUCAUCUACUCUGGUCAUUCAGGAAGGAGGCAAUCUGGACUCAGCCAUUUCCCUUGGGCAGGGACCCACGUGGGAUGGAGGUGGACAUUGAACAACUGGAUCCCCGUGGUCGGACUCCCCUGCACCUGGCCACCACGCUGGGGCACCUGGAAUGUGCCCGUGUGCUCUUGGCACACGGCGCAGAUGUGGGCAGGGAGAAUCGCAGUGGUUGGACAGUGCUACAGGAGGCUGUGAGCACCAGGGACCUGGAGCUGGUGCAGCUGGUGCUGCGGUACCGAGACUACCAGCGGGUGGUGAAGCGACUGGCAGGCAUCCCCAUGCUCCUGGAGAAGCUCCGGAAGGCCCAGGAUUUCUACGUGGAGAUGAAAUGGGAGUUCACCAGCUGGGUGCCCCUGGUAUCCAAGAUCUGCCCUAGUGACACCUACAAAGUGUGGAAGAGUGGGCAGAACCUGAGGGUAGACACCACACUUCUGGGCUUUGACCAUAUGACCUGGCAGAGAGGGAAUCGCAGCUUUGUCUUCAGGGGUCAAGACACAAGUGCCGUGGUCAUGGAGAUAGACCAUGACCGCCGUGUGGUAUACAUGGAGACGCUGGCCCUGGCCGGGCAGGAUCGGGAACUGCUGCUGGCUGCUGCCCAACCCACUGAGGAGCAAGUGCUGAGCCGGCUCACUGCGCCGGUUGUCACCACACAGCUUGACACCAAGAACAUCUCCUUUGAGAGGAACAAGACUGGCAUUCUGGGCUGGCGCAGCGAGAAGACAGAGAUGGUGAAUGGGUAUGAAGCCAAGGUAUAUGGGGCCUCCAACGUGGAGCUCAUCACCCGGACUCGGACAGAGCAUCUUUCAGAACAACACAAAGGCAAGGCCAAAGGUUGUAAGACACCUCUGCAGUCUUUCUUGGGAAUUGCCGAGCAGCACGGGGGCCCCCAAAAUGGGACCCUGAUCACUCAGACCCUGAGCCAAGCCAACCCCACUGCCAUCACUGCGGAGGAAUACUUCAACCCCAACUUUGAGCUUGGCAACCGGGACAUGGGUCGUCCCAUGGAACUGACCACCAAGACACAGAAGUUCAAGGCCAAGCUGUGGCUGUGUGAGGAGCAUCCCCUGUCCCUGUGUGAGCAGGUGGCUCCCAUCAUUGACCUCAUGGCUGUCAGCAAUGCACUUUUCGCCAAGCUCCGGGACUUCAUCACCUUGCGCCUGCCUCCUGGCUUCCCAGUCAAGAUUGAAAUCCCCGUCUUUCAUAUUCUCAACGCCCGCAUCACCUUCGGGAACCUCAACGGCUGUGAUGAGCCAGUGCCCUCAGUGCGAGGCAGCCCCAGCAGCGAGACACCGUCCCCUGGCAGCGACUCCUCCAGCGUCAGCAGCUCCAGCUCUACCACCUCCUGCCGUGGCUGUGAGAUCUCACCUGCGUUGUUCGAGGCCCCCCGUGGCUACAGCGUGCUGGGUGGCCAGCGAGAGGCUGCGACUCGUGAUGAAGAUGAUGACCUGCUGCAGUUUGCCAUCCAGCAGAGCCUGCUUGAGGCAGGCAGUGAGUAUGACCAGGUCACCAUUUGGGAGGCGCUAACCAACAGCAAGCCAGGCACCCACCCCAUGUCCUGUGAAGGCCGCCGACAGGACAGGUGUCCCAGGUGUGCCGGGAGCGGGGAGCGCUCGACAAAUCCUCCCCACCCCCAGGAGCGCCCCACCCACGCCGCAGCGCCAGCCCGUGCCCCCGGCACCAGUGCCCAGCCCUCGGCCCAGCCCGGGUCCCAGCUCCAGCAGCCACGUGUUUCGGAGCUACGACGAGCAGCUGCGGCUGGCUAUGGAGUUGUCUGCGCAGGAGCAGGAGGAGAGACGGAGGCGAGCACGCCAGGAGGAGGAAGAGUUGGAGCGCAUCCUACGGCUCUCGCUGACCGAACAGUAGCGCCCUCUGCUGGGACCCUCGCUCACUCCACGCAGGACCCGGGUCCGCGCACCUGCCGUGCUGCUGCAGGAGUUUGGAGCCAUCACAUCGGGGGUGUAGGGGUGCACCAGGCUUGAGAUGCCAGGGGUUUGAUACAGGCGUGGAGUAACUCUCUUAAGCCAGAGCCCUAGAGGCAUGGCUGUUCUCCCCGCUUUGCUGUGCGGUGACCCCCUAAUCUGCUUCUCUGGACUUGGGUCUGUCCAGGGGCGGAGACAGGUGGUAUUGAAAAGGAAAUGAAUCCUUGAGAGGAGCAUUGUCCCUGUCCCGUGCUCCUUCUGGCUGGUCCUCCUUCUUGCUCACUGACCCCUCUCCAGGACACUGCCCCUGAAGCCUUCGCAUCUCAGCUCUUCACCCCUGGGAGGCAGCUGAUUGCCCUGUGUGCUGUGUCGCUGCUUUGUCCCAGACACAAACCAGCACAUCAAGGGCCCAGCCUCUCCUCACCCAGGCAUUUCAGCGUCAAGUGCACUUAGCGGGGUGCCCAGCUCCCCCAGCUCCCACACAAGCUCCCACACCUGUCCUGUGUCUCAGGGUGGUCCCAGCUUCUCCUUAGGCAGCCAGAAAUUGGAGUCCCCAUGCCCGCAGCACGUUUUUUAUUGUGAUCAGGGAGUGUGUCUAAGGUGCCCCCUAGUCUGGACAAGGCCUGAUUCCCUCAUGGUGCCUUGGGGAGUGGGGGCAGCAUAUUGGCUUGGGGGCAAGCACUAGACCCGACACAAAGGCAUUGAUCAGGGCCCUGGCACCAGUAUCACCGCCCACCCGUUCCUACCAGCUGCUGCUAGCCCUCUGUGGUUGUGCACCCCUCUUGCCCCCAUGCAGGGGCUGAAUAACACCCUUUAUCCAAUGGUGCUAACCCCGGCUCUCCCUGUUCCGCCCUACCCACCUAAAGAAGCACAGUCCCCCCUCCCUGGGCAGGGGCCCAUGCACACCCUUGUCUUGGGGCCACCUUCUUGCUGGCUUCUAUGCCAGGGGCUCAGAAGGGGCACAAAAGGGGGGUAAGGAAAGAGCAACAAAGUAAAGCUGUUCUUCCUAGUCCCUUCCCUGAUGCCAGGGGCACCAGACUGAUUCUGAGGCACAAAUAAAGAGGUUUCAAACCAGA